AUGCGCCUCCCACCUCAUACCCUGCGUUAUCUCUACAGCUACCCUCCUCAUACCCUGCGUUAUCUCUACAGCCUCCCUCCUCAUACCCUGCGUUAUCUCUACAGCUACCCUCCUCAUACCCUGCGUUAUCUCUACAGCCUCCCUCCUCAUACCCUGCGUUAUCUCUACAGCUACCCUCCUCAUACCCUGCGUUAUCUCUACAGCUACCCACCUCAUACCCUGCGUUAUCUCUACAGCUACCCUCCUCAUACCCUGCGUUAUCUCUACAGCUACCCACCUCAUACCCUGCGUUAUCUCUACAGCCUCCCUCCUCAUACCCUGCGUUAUCUCUACAGCUACCCACCUCAUACCCUGCGUUAUCUCUACAGCCUCCCGCCUCAUACCCUGCGUUAUCUCUACAGCUACCCUCCUCAUACCCUGCGUUAUCUCUACAGCUACCCACCUCAUACCCUGCGUUAUCUCUACAGCCUCCCACCUCAUACCCUGCGUUAUCUCUACAGCUACCCUCCUCAUACCCUGCGUUAUCUCUACAGCUACCCACCUCAUACCCUGCGUUAUCUCUACAGCUACCCACCUCAUACCCUGCGUUAUCUCUACAGCUACCCACCUCAUACCCUGCGUUAUCUCUACAGCUACCCACCUCAUACCCUGCGUUAUCUCUACAGCUACCCACCUCAUACCCUGCGUUAUCUCUACAGCUACCCUCCUCAUACCCUGCGUUAUCUCUACAGCUACCCUCCUCAUACCCUGCGUUAUCUCUACAGCUACCCACCUCAUACCCUGCGUUAUCUCUACAGCUACCCUCCUCAUACCCUGCGUUAUCUCUACAGCUACCCACCUCAUACCCUGCGUUAUCUCUACAGCUACCCUCCUCAUACCCUGCGUUAUCUCUACAGCUACCCACCUCAUACCCUGCGUUAUCUCUACAGCUACCCACCUCAUACCCUGCGUUAUCUCUACAGCUACCCACCUCAUACCCUGCGUUAUCUCUACAGCUACCCUCCUCAUACCCUGCGAUAUCUCUACAGCUACCCACCUCAUACCCUGCGUUAUCUCUACAGCUACCCACCUCAUACCCUGCCCUCCCGCCCUCAUACCCUGCGUUAUCUCUACAGCUACCCUCCUCAUACCCUGCGUUAUCUCUACAGCUACCCACCUCAUACCCUGCGUUAUCUCUACAGCUACCCUCCUCAUACCCUGCGUUAUCUCUACAGCUACCCACCUCAUACCCUGCGUUAUCUCUACAGCUACCCACCUCAUACCCUGCGUUAUCUCUACAGCUACCCUCCUCAUACCCUGCGUUAUCUCUACAGCCACCCUCCUCAUACCCUGCGUUAUCUCUACAGCCUCCCUCCUCAUACCCUGCGUUAUCUUUACAGCUACCCUCCUCAUACCCUGCGUUAUCUCUACAGCUACCCUCCUCAUACCCUGCGUUAUCUCUACAGCCACCCACCUCAUACCCUGCGUUAUCUCUACAGCUACCCUCCUCAUACCCUGCGUUAUCUUUACAGCUACCCUCCUCAUACCCUGCGUUAUCUCUACAGCCUCCCGCCUCGUACCCUGCGUUAUCUCUACAGCUACCCACCUCAUACCCUGCGUUAUCUCUACAGCCACCCACCUCAUACCCUGCAUUAUCUUUACAGCUACCCUCCUCAUACCCUGCGUUAUCUCUACAGCCUCCCGCCUCGUACCCUGCGUUAUCUCUACAGCCUCCCGCCUUCAUACCCUGCGUUAUCUCUACAGCCUCCCGCCUCGUACCCUGCGUUAUCUCUACAGCCUCCUGCCUCGUACCCUGAGUUAUCUCUACAGCCUCCCGCCUCGUACCCUGAGUUAUCUUUACAGCCUCCCGCCUCGUACCCUGCGUUAUCUCUACAGCCUCCCGCCUCGUACCCUGCGUUAUCUCUACAGCCUCCCGCCUCGUACCCUGAGUUAUCUUUACAGCCUCCCGCCUCGUACCCUGAGUUAUCUUUACAGCCUCCCGCCUCGUACCCUGCGUUAUCUCUACAGCCUCCCGCCCUCAUACCCUGCCGUUAUCUCUACAGCCUCCCGCCUCGUACCCUGAGUUAUCUCUACAGCCUCCCGCCUCGUACACUGAGUUAUCUCUUCAGCCUCCCGCCUCGUACCCUGCGUUAUUUCUGCAGCUACCCUCCCCAUACCCUGUGUUAUCUCUACAGCCUCCCGCCUCGUACCCUGAGUUAUCUCUACAGCCUCCCGCCUCGUACCCUGCGUUAUUUCUACAGCUACCCACCUCAUACCCUGAGUUAUCUCUACAGCCUCCCGCCUCCCUCCCGCCCUCAUACCCUGCGUUAUCUCUACAGCUACCCAGCUCAUACCCUGCGUUAUCUCUACAGCUACCCACCUCAUACCCUGCGUUAUCUCUACAGCUACCCUCCUCAUACCCUGUGUUAUCUCUACAGCUACCCACCUCAUACCCUGCGUUAUCUCUACAGCCUCCCGCCCUCAUACCCUGCGUUAUCUCUACAGCCUCCCACCUCAUACCCUGUGUUAUCUCUACAGCCUCCCGCCCUCAUACCCUGCGUUAUCUCUACAGCCUCCCGCCCUCAUACCCUGCCCUCCCGCCCUCAUACCCUGCGUUAUCUCUACAGCCUCCCACCUCAUACCCUGCGUUAUCUCUACAGCUACCCUCCUCAUACCCUGCGUUAUCUCUACAGCUACCCACCUCAUACCCUGUGUUAUCUCUACAGCCUCCCGCCCUCAUACCCUGCGUUAUCUCUACAGCCUCCCGCCCUCAUACCCUACCUCUGCAGUUUUUCUGCAUGA